AUGAAACCAAACGCUGGUUUCCCAAUUGUUUCGAUUUCAAAGAAUGGGGAAAAUUAUAUUCUGACACAAGAGUCGAGUAGCGGAAAAGGUGAACGUUGGGACAUUCCUUUGUUUAUCCACGAAGACUUGCUUUGCAGCAAAAAUAACUACUCCGUUAAAGUUCUCCCGAAAGAAUCACAAAAUUUGAAGCUGCUCGUGAGCUCCUUGCCUAAAAGUCCCAAUUUCAACAUCGGAUAUGGUUAUUACCAAGUAGAGCUCGACGAGGGUUUGUUCGAUGAACGAGUUGAACUCUUUGAGGACAAACAGACGAACUGUGACUCUUCAGCUCACUAUCGUUUUCUGGUUGAAGGGACAAUGAAUAUGAACAAGAAUAUUCGUAACAAAUCAACAAAUCUCUUGAAGAAACAUUUCCCCGAACGCCAGGAGAAGCAAUUCACGGACGAGUCUCAAAAAUUACGACGUCGUCUGGGAAUUUUC